GCGGAGGGCAGUGUUAGGGCAGCUGCCAGCAGCUGGUCUUUCUACCCGGGGAGAAACCAAGCGACACCUGGAGGGUUGGCGAACCCAGGCUUAUUACACCGGCCUCCAGGACCCGCUGCCCGUGGCGCCCAGCCAUGAGGUGGCCGCCCUGCUCCCGCCCCCUGCUGGGGGUCUGUGCCCUCAUCUCCUUGGCCCUCCUGGGGCACGUCCUGCUCCACGACUUCCCGGUGGUCCCCCGAGAGCUGCGCAGCUUCUCCCAAGAGCCCGAGGAGAUGUACAAAGCUCGCCGGCCCGGAGCCAGCAGCCCGGGGCCCCAGCCCGGCCCAGGGCACCGUGGCAGUCCCAGCGCUGUGCCCACACGGUGCGACCUACCCCCCGACAGCCGCUUCGACUGCGCCCCAGACAAGGCCAUCACCCAGGAGCAGUGUGAGGCCCGGGGCUGCUGCUACGUGCCUGCAGGGCCGGGGCCACUGGGCGCCCAGAUGGGGCAGCCCUGGUGCUUCUUCCCUCCCAGCUACCCCAGUUACAGGCUAGAGAACCUGACCACCACCGAGACGGGCUACACGGCCACCCUGACCCGCGCCACCCCGACCUUCUUCCCCAAGGACGUCAUGACCUUACGGCUGGACGUGCUGCUGGAGACUGAGAGCCGUCUCCACUUCACGAUCAAAGAUCCCAACAACAGGCGCUACGAGGUGCCCUUGGAGACCCCGCGUGUCCGCAGCCGGGCACCCUCCACACUCUACAGCGUGGAGUUCUCAGAUGAGCCUUUUGGGGUGGUUGUGAGGCGGAAGCCGGCUGGACGGGUGCUGCUGAACACGACGGUGGCCCCGCUGUUCUUCGCCGACCAGUUUCUGCAGCUCUCCACCUCCCUGCCGUCCCAGCACAUCACGGGCCUCGCCGAGCACCUCGGGUCCCUGAUGCUCAGCACCAACUGGACCAAGGCCACCCUCUGGAAUCGGGACAUCGCCCCCGCGCCUGACUUGAACCUAUACGGGUCCCACCCUUUCUACCUGGUGCUGGAGGACGGCGGGUCGGCUCACGGGGUCUUCCUCCUGAACAGCAAUGCCAUGGACGUGGUCCUGCAGCCCAGCCCAGCCCUCAGCUGGAGGUCGACAGGCGGGAUCCUGGACGUGUACAUCUUCCUGGGCCCGGAGCCCAAGAGCGUGGUGCGGCAGUACCUGGACGUCGUGGGCUACCCGUUCAUGCCGCCGUACUGGGCCCUGGGCUUCCAUCUGUGCCGCUGGGGCUACUCCUCCACCGCCAUCACCCGCCAGGUGGUGGAGAACAUGACCACGGCCGGCUUCCCCCUGGACGUCCAGUGGAACGACCUGGACUACAUGGACGCCAGGCGGGACUUCACUUUCGACAAGGACAGCUUCGGGGACUUCCCGGCCAUGGUGCGGGAGCUCCACCUCGGCGGCCGGCGCUACGUGAUGAUCGUGGAUCCUGCCAUCAGCAGCUCCGGCCCCCCAGGGACCUACCGCCCCUAUGACGAGGGUCUGCGGAGGGGGGUCUUCGUCACCAAUGAGACGGGGCAGCCGCUGAUUGGGAAGGUGUGGCCUGGACUCACCGCUUUCCCUGACUUCACCAAUCCCGAGGCCCUUGACUGGUGGCAGGACAUGGUGGCUGAGUUCCACGCCCAGGUGCCCUUCGAUGGCAUGUGGAUUGACAUGAACGAGCCGUCGAAUUUCGUGAGGGGCUCAGUGGACGGCUGCCCUGACAGCGACCUGGAGAACCCUCCCUACGUGCCAGGGGUUGUGGGCGGGAUGCUCCAGGCAGCCACCAUCUGCGCGUCCAGCCGCCAGUUCCUCUCCACGCACUACAACCUGCACAACCUGUAUGGCCUGACUGAAGCCUUGGCCUCCCACAGGGCACUGGUGAAGGUUCGGGGGACGCGUCCCUUUGUGAUCUCUCGCUCGACCUUCGCGGGCCACGGCCGAUACGCCGGCCACUGGACAGGGGAUGUGUGGAGCAACUGGGAGCAGCUUUCCUACUCCGUGCCAGAAAUCCUGCUCUUCAAUCUGCUGGGGGUGCCCCUGGUGGGGGCCGACAUCUGCGGCUUCCUGGGCGACACUUCGGAGGAGCUUUGCGUGCGCUGGACCCAGCUGGGGGCCUUCUACCCUUUCAUGCGGAACCACAACAACCUGAACAGCCUGCCGCAGGAGCCGUACCGGUUCGGCGACUCUGCGCAGCGAGCCAUGAGAAAGGCCUUCACCCUGCGCUACACACUGCUGCCCUACCUCUACACGCUGUUCCACGGGGCCCACGUCAGGGGCGAGACCGUGGCCAGGCCCCUCUUCCUGGAGUUCCCCGAGGACCCCCGCACCUGGACUGUGGACCGACAGCUCCUGUGGGGGGAGGCUCUGCUUGUCACCCCGGUGCUCGAGGCUGGGCAGGUCCAGGUCACUGGCUACUUUCCGUGCGGCACGUGGUACGACCUGCAGACGGUGCCAGUGGAGGCCUUUGGCAGCCUUCCGCCUCCGUCUCCUGUACCCCUCCCACCUGCCAUCCACAGCAAGGGACAGUGGGUGACACUGCCCGCCCCGCUGGACACCAUCAACCUCCACCUCCGGGCCGGAUACAUCAUCCCCAUGCAGGGCCCUGGACUCACGACCACAGAAUCCCGUAAGCAGCCCAUGGCCCUGGCUGUGGCCCUGACCACGAGUGGAAAGGCCCAAGGGGAGCUGUUCUGGGACGACGGGGAGAGCCUGGGAGUGCUGGACCGUGGGGCCUACACGCAGGUCAUCUUCCUGGCCCAAAAUAACACCAUCGUGAACGAGCUGGUGCACCUGAGCAGUGAGGGGGCCGCCCUGCAGCUGAGAAGGGUGACGGUCCUGGGGGUGGCCACAGCCCCCCAAAACGUCCUCUCCAACGGCGUUCCUGUCUCCAACUUCACCUACAGCGCCGACACAGAGACCCUGGACGUCCCCGUCUCGCUGAGGAUGGGAGAGCAGUUUCUCAUCAGCUGGUCUUGAGCCGGGGCCGGGGGCGUGCGGCUCCCUUACGGCCUCGCAGCCGCCCGGCUCCCGCACCCUCAGCUGUGUGGGGGCCGUGGGCCAGGAGCACUUUCCCCGUGUCGCGUGGCGCUGACAUCCCUCAACACCCGGAUCUGCUCGUGAGUCUGCCUCCUGGGCUCUGAGGCGCCUGCCCAGACCGCAGGCGGGCCAGUACCCCGCGGGGCACGCUGUGCUCGGAAUGUUUACUGCAAGUUCUGCCACUCCAGUCACCGUGGUGCGUGCCCACCCUGGGCAGCUCUCUGCUCCAGGAGCACAGAGCUAGGGGCUGCUGCCCCAAGGACAGGUGGGGGCUGGCACCAGCCUGAAAGAGUAGGGUCAGGAACUCGGCAGAACGCACAGGACUUGGGGAUGCCUUAACCUGAAGUGCAAUUGUUUUUAAGUCACGCUUCUGCUGGUCCUUCUGGGUUCAGGGCUAGGAGGAUGUGGCCGAGGCCAUGCAGGGAAUUUGAUGUAAAUGCAGUCACACGGCAUGUGUUCUUUCCUAGUAUUACGCGUCGUUACGACUUUGAGAUUCAUUUGUGCUGCGUGUGCUUUUGCAUUACCAAGCAGUGUUCCACGUUCAUCGAAUUUAAUGGCCAUCGGGACUGUCUUGGGUUUUUGGCUGUUAUGAAUAAAGACGUGAGCAAUCCUG